AUGUGCCAUGGAGUACUCAGCCUUGAAGAUAUUGUACACGAUUUAUUGGAACGCACCCAGCCUCCAGCAGACGACCCGUUCGCCGAACUCGCAGCGUUGGACGGAAUAAUUAGCCAGGUCGAGGGGAUGCUAGCUAAGCUCGUCAAGCGGCGUGCUCCCUUGAAAUCCAGGAUAAACCAGAUGAACAGCCCCAUCAACAACAUCCUUCCCCCUGAAAUCCUUUCCCACAUCUUCACCUUCUGUCUCCCUGAUUUCUCAACUUUCGAUACCAGGAAACGCGAUAUGAGAAACAAUCUUAUGCCCCUUCUCCUUGGUGCUGUCUGCCAACAUUGGAGAGAUAUAGCAUGGACCACCCCUGCACUUUGGAACACAUUUUCACUGUACAUCGCAGGACAGGAUCUGGAGACCCUUACAGGACUGACAGAGCAAUGGCUCGGGCGUAGUGGAAACCUUCCUCUGUAUAUUCGCCUAUCAUGCGAGCCCAAGGCCACCACCCAUGGUAACAACAUCAUGGCACGCGCCGACCAAGUUAUUCUACUAAUUGCUGCACUCAACACACACGCGUCACGUUGGCGCGAACUCGACAUCCGCAUCCCGACCUACUUCUUCGAUACGUUCCACACGAAUCCGUUGGGGAGAUCCACGCUGGAAUACCUAUACAUUGAUCCCCCAGAUGGCCAGUCCAAUAGUGCGGAAACACUGCACCUCGUAUCCACCCCUUCCCUGAAACGACUUCACCUCUCAUCCGUAUACCUUGCCUCCGUGCAGGUACAGUGGGACAGCAUCACAGACAUUUACGCAUCCGCUUUCUACCUUGAUGAAUGUCUUGAAAUGUUUCACCGAGCACCACGACUCGUCAGCGCGGCAUUUCCUUUUAUCAUUGGCGGCGAUGAAACCCAUACCCUCCUCGAAAGCAGGUUAACACUUCCAUCGCUAAAAUACCUACACCUUGGUCAUGAGAGAGGCGUCUCAAUCUCCGCCCUCCUCGACAAAAUCGCACUACCGGCCCUAGAAGAGCUCAGCUAUGACGGGUCAGAGAAAACCCUCGAAGUCCCUCCCUUCGUAUCCCUUCUUACUCGUUCCGCAUGCCCUUUACGAAUAUUAACCCUGACAAGUUCUCCAGUGGAUGAAGAGAAUAUUAUCAAUUUGCUCUCCAAAAUUCCCUCGUUGAAGAGACUGUCCAUCAUAACGACUAUAUUCGAAACCUACGCCCCGAUUAUGAGUCCUCGUGUUCUCGCUUGCAUCUCGAGGCUUCCUGAUGAAUCGCAUGGCGUCGAACAACCAAGUAUCCUUCCAAAGCUCGAGGUAUUGGAAUACGUCGGGUUCCAACAAUUAUCAUGGCCAACCCUUCUCUCCGCCCUCGAAAGGAGCCGCUCCUUGUGCACCGUCAAGAUUAGAUUCCACCGGAAAGAGGACUUGGAAGCAGACGCCAAGUUGGCCCAUCGCAUAAUCGAUCUAUUUGACAAAGGCAAGAUGCUUGAGGUCCGCGAGGGCGAGUCAGCGGAUGCACUAGAAAGAUUCUUCUCCACUGUCAGCGCUGGCGCCUACCACUCACGUUUCCUUGAGCACCAAACGCGGAUGCGAUCGAUACCUCCCUCUCAUCAAGGUCAUUUUCAUUCGUCUCUUUAG